AUGGGAACUUCAUCUCGAACUACCAUAUGCAUGGGGCGGAAAAAGGGCUUGAAUGAAUUGUGUGGUAUGCUUAAAACUACGAGAGGCGAUAUCAAGAAAGGUCUUGGCGAUAGCCAUGUGAUGGCGGUCCAAAAUAAGCCCGAUUUAAAAGAGGGCAAUUCUUGGAAGAAGAAGAAGGGCAAGGCUAAAGGUGAGGCUAAAGGUCAUAUAAGUGAGAAUCGCAUGAAGAGGCUCCAUGCUGAUGGGCUUUUAACUUCGUUUGAUUUUGAAUCAUACGAGACAUGUGAGGCUUGUUUGCUAGGGAAGAUGACCAAGGCACCUUUCACAGGAUAUUACUUUUACAACCGAUCAGAGGGCAAAGUGUUUGUUGCUCAGAAUGGUAUUUUCUUAGAGAAAGAGUUUCUCAAAAGAGAGAAAAGUGGACAGAAGGUGUAUCUUGAAGAAGUUCAAGAUGAGCAAACAGGGAAGGACUCUACGAGUGAUGCUAAUGUAGCAGAACAAGUUGAGAUACCCAUGGCAGUAGAGGCACCGCCACAACCACGAAGGUCAGCAAGAAUCUGUGAGGCACGCGGGGAAUUGUUAUUGUUGGACGAUGACGAACCUGCGACAUAUGCGGAAGCAAUGAUGGACCCAGAUUCCGAGAAAUGGCAAACUGAUGAGCGCAAUCGUAUGAGUAAGGUUCCAUACGCCUCGGCAAUUGGUUCCAUCAUGUACGCCAUGAUAUGUACACGUCCAGAUGUCUCAUAUGCUCUAAGUGUUGCGAGCAGGUACCAAGCUAAUCUAGGUGAGAGUCACUGGACACUUGCUAAAAACAUUCUUAAGUACUUGAGAAGGACUAAAGAUGUGUUCCUAGUCUAUGGAGGUGAGGAAGAGCUCGUUGUAAAUGGUUACACCGAUGCUAGCUUCCAAACUGACAUGGAUGAUUCACAAUCUCAAUCAGGAUAUGUGUUCACAAUAAAUGGUGGUGCGGUUAGCUAG